AUGGUAAAGAUGCUUGUUGAUUUUAGUGGAUCACCAUAUGUGACUACAGAUGGUAUCUAUUCAGUUGAUUGUAAUCGUCAACAAGCAAAUACGAUACGUAAUCUACUUGCAGAAAUACUAACAACCCAACAUUUGCAUGUCUGGUUCACAAUUAGUACACGGCCAUUGGAUGGUUUGUGUGGUUGGUUUGACCGAUUGUCUUCUGUAUUUCAAGUUUUAUACAGUUUUGGUUCAAUGUAUUCAUAUAGCAUAUUCUAUGACCAUACACAAAGUACGACUAUUGCUCAUCGAUUAUCGGUGAAAAAAGAUGGUAGAAAACAAACGGUGGGAAUACAACUGGAAAUACAACAUUAUCGUAUUUUUGUACCAUUGAAUACAAUCAAAAAAGAAAUUUUGGUAAAAUAUGGUAAUAAUGAGAAGAAUGCAGUUGAAAUGAUAUUUAUGCUGAAAUCAGCAGUUCAAAUAUUCAACGUAUCUGGCAAAUUGAUGCAAAGAAAUUGUUAUGGAAUGGAAAUUUUAUACUCACUUGGCUAUCUAUUUCAAGAUAAAUAUUUUAACUCAAAAUUUCGAUCUCUAGUUGAGUCGACGAACCCACAUUUUUAUGAUUUAUGUGAUUUAAUUUCAUCCAAAUUACAAAAUGACCACUGUUAUAAUAUUGAUAGUGAUUUACAAUCGAUAACACGAAAACAAACUGGUCCUGAAGCUGUUCAAUAUGCUGUAUUGACACCACUUCGUCUACAGUUUUUAACUAAAAAUCAAAUACGUGGAAAUCGUUUAACUCGUAAACGUGGAUGUGCCAAUGUUCUACUUGUACAUUUUCGUGAUGAUGAUGAAUGUUCGUCGAUUAUAGGUGAAUAUUCACCCUCCAUAUGUGAACGAUAUCGUCAGAUUAUGUUGACCGAAGGUAUUCACUGUUGUAAUCGUGUAUACAAAUAUUUCGGUUCAUCACCAAGUCAACUGAAAGAACAUUCAUUUUGGUUUAUUAUACUUCAACCAUCAGAAACCAUCGAAUCAGUUCGAAAUUCAUUAGGAAAUUUAUCGAAAAUUAAUAAUAUGGCGACUUAUGUAGCUCGAUUAGGACUUUAUUUAACAUCAACAACACCGACAGAUAUUAAACUAAAAAAAGAUUUUUUAUUACAUAAUAAAAUUCCUUUGCCCGUUAAUGAGGCUCGAAACUUAUAUGGUAUUUCGGACGAAACAAAUCAGCUGGAAUAUGGUCAAUGUUUCAUACAAUACCAAGUGGAAACAGGUUCGAAACGAAAGAAAAUAUAUAAAAUUGUUGAAGGUGAUGUAUUAGUGACGAAAAAUCCUUGUUUAUAUCCCGGUGAUAUUCGUCGUUUACGAGCAGUGAAUGUCCCUCUUCUUCGUUCAUUCAUUCGCGAUUGUAUUGUUUUCCCAGUUAAAGGUAAUCGUCCCCAUUUUGAUGAAAUUAGUGGUUCAGAUCUUGAUGGUGAUCAAUAUUGGGCUUAUUGGGGUAAUGAACUAAAAAUAGAAAAAAUGUGGGAACCAUCAUUGUACGAACCAGCUUCGAAAUCAACUGUGCCUCACAUCACUAAUGAAUUGAUUGUUGAUUAUAUUCUAAACAAUUUCAAUUCACUUUCAUAUGGUUUCAUUGCUAAUGUUCACAAAGUUGUAGCUGAAAAAAAUCCACAACAUUCAUUAUCAAAGGAAUGCAAAGAAUUACAUCGGUAUUUCUCAAGAUCAAUUGAUGUAUCAAAAACAGGUGAAAUUAUAAAUCUUGAUCGUGUUCACGAACUGCACAAUGAAUAUUGCGAUAGCUAUCCACGUUUUAUGAUGAAAUACGAUAGACCUGAAUAUUAUAAUCCAACAUCGAUCCUACAAAAAUUAUUUGAUCAAGGUUUAAAAUUUCAUUUUGAUAAAUCAAAAUAUUUCUAUACGUAUCAUGAGUAUGCAGAUAGAAAGGAGGUACAGGAGAAGAAGAAUAGUGAUACUGUUUUAACGAUGAUAUAA